AUGCAAGUUCAUACGGCUACAUUUGUAGCCAGCUCCAUGAGCGGUAUCGCUCUAGUUUGCUGUUUGAUGGCCAUGGGUCAGAUUUACACUAAUGUUCAAGACUUCUGGUCUGAGCUUGAUGGGGAAAUGGUCAACUUCCGUACAAACACCGAUGAGAUGUGGAAAGAUAUGAUCACAAUCGGUUCUAGACGCAAGAGAAGAGAUGCUUACACUGCCAACACUGCCAAUACUUACAACGAGGGAAUAAACCAACCAUCUGCCCCAGCUCACGGUUUCGCUAUGCCUCCAGCAGGUCCUGAGCCAGCACCAGGAUGUUCUUGCAAUGCAGAGAACAAAUGCAACCCUGGCCCAAUCGGACCAAAAGGAUCUCCUGGAGCACCAGGACCAAACGGAGUACCAGGAAUUGAUGGAAAGCCUGGUGUUGAUUCUCAAGAUGUCGAACCAGCAUCUCAAGAUAUUGGAGUUUGCUUCCACUGCCCACCAGGAACACCAGGACCACCAGGUCCACUCGGAAGACCAGGACCAAGAGGAAUGAAGGGAGCCGACGGAAAUAUGGGAAGAGAAGGAAGAGAUGGAAACCCAGGACAUCCUGGACAAAUGGGACCCCCAGGACCACCAGGACGUAUCGGACCAGAUGGACCACCAGGAGAAAAGGGAACUGAUGGCCGUAAGCCAAUCGGAAGACCAGGACCAAAGGGACAACGUGGACCUCAAGGAGAACAAGGACCACAGGGAGACAACGGUAAAGACGGCCCAGUUGGAGCCUCAGGACCAUCUGGAUCACCAGGAGGACCAGGACCACAAGGAGGCAGAGGACUUGACGGACCUCCAGGAGGAGAAGGAGGUGUUGGACGCCCAGGUCAUGAUGCUGAAUACUGCCCAUGCCCACAACGAGCCAAGGAUGGAUCAGCUCCAGGAGGCAUCGGAGGUGGAGACAACUACCAAACGGGAAAGUAA